GGUAAUUCAGAUCUUUCAUCCCGAAUUGCAACCUGGCAUGAGCCAGCCCACGAUCUAUCCAUUCACGGGAAAGAAUCUGAUGGCUGUACGGACUGCCUGUUUGUUUAUAAUCAUCCCGUUCUGGACUAUGCUAGUUUCCAAUCCUCGCCCUUGUUGGGUACUGCUCGACUCGCUCUGAUUAUUAUUCUAUGCCCCCCUCGAUAACAUCCACUGCCGCCUCGAGUCAGACCAGAUCACGGGCCACAAAGAAGCAAAAUACACUCUCGAUCCUCCUUGCCGAAUCUGCUGUCUUCCUUCGCACGAAUGACGCGACAGGUCGAAAUCGGUACGGUGACUCUCAGCCGAGUAUCGUGAGGGGGCUGCUAGUGUUGGAUGUGGUCAAACCUAUGAAGAUCAGCGCUAUAGAGUUGGAGUUGAUUGCUAAGAGCGUUACUGCGUGGCCUGAAGGUGUAGGAGCACACAGGACGGAUAUUACAGAGGCUCAUCGGGUGUUCGAGGUCAAGGAGGUAGCUUGGGCAGCAGCAGGGUAUACGGGCUCUAGACCUAAUAGUAGAGGGAAGCGGACGACAGAGAACUUUCAGAUGGAAACAGUGGAAGAAGACCAGUUAGAUUUGGACGAACCUCAACCACCCAGUUAUACUCAAUCCGAGACUGGCGACAGCGUUGUACAGGCUGCCCAACUUUCGCCAACGCCAACGUCUCUACCCUUUCAGCCCCCCGUAACUCCCUCAGCGUCGUCUGUCAGGACGUCGAUUUCCACUGCUUCCACCUCUCUCAGCUCUGCUUUCACAAUGACACCUUCUACUUCGGCUACCAGUGCCAGCAGUACUGGCUCGGGUUUAUUGGCCAGCGUCAAACCAUUUGAGGAUGGCAUUCCCAAAACCCAUCCUGCAAUAUCAUCUUCCCAGAAUGCAUUAAUACCUCCCACAACCACGCCUCAGACGACACGUAUCAACUCAGCGGGAGUGCAUACAAUAUCACGUCCACCGCCAUUUGACGAUGUUCCCGAGUACGAUUAUGACAAUAACGCCAACACUGAUGCUAAUCCUCACGACAUUAAUUCCAUUAAUCCGAACCCCAGCGUUCCUUUCCCGCACCCGUCUACCCGUCCCCCGGAACCACAACGAGGGCUCCCUAACAACCCCAAGCCGCCUUUGGAAGCACGUGAAGCAUCACUCCCGCUCCUUCCUAAUCGGCCAGCCUCCGUCACUUCUCCCACUAUCACGGGGCGCACCCAACCUACUCCAAACGCAAAUGUUGAACCCGAGUCUGAUUCUCGCGGCCGCACUAAGAAGAGGAAGUUCAGCAUAUUCUACAUCUUUGAGUCCCUUUUUGGGAGCAGGAAAAGAAAAAGGAAAGAAAAAGGAAAGGACAAACAAUUGGAUCCUCAAAUCCAAGGUCUAGAUGAGAAUGGUAGACCUGCUAACUACAGAGAAGGGACGACGGUUGCGCACAGCCGGAGCAAGAUAAGUAUGAAAAGUUCAGGUGGUGCCACUGUUGGUAGUGAGGACACCAUCAGGCCCAAAGAGCGCACCACUCGUCCAUCCAGUUUCUUUGCAGGAAAACGGGGGAGAAAAACCCGUUCGGUCAUCCUACCACCCUUACCUCCUCCGCCAGCAGGCCCACCCCCUGUGCCUACUUCCUCUGCGACCUCUGUGCGGAGCGCGCCUCUACCAUUGACCUCCUUACCUAGACAAUCCUUUUCAUCGGCAACAAAUCGCCCCGAUCCGCCAUCCUCAAACACAUCUUUAAGAUCGUAUGCCUCACAUCCCUAUGCAUAUCCGCAUUCUACCUCCAACGCAACGCCAUCACCUGCAUCGUCGACGGUGGCGAGUUCGGCCAUCGUUACCUCAGGAUCGCAUUCGAUAUCUGGUUCUCCAUCCGCCAGAUCAAUGACUUUUAUGGGUAUCAGCGACAUCCUUCGUGACCGAGACCACCGCUCGGAGCGGCGAAGAAGUAGAGGAUCUCAACACGGUAGCGAAGGAAGCAUAAUUGACCUCGGGGUAAAGGAAGAUCUAGUGCGACACUCAAGCUCGGAGGAACCUGCGGAAGGACCAGGCUGGAAGGAGUUUGGAAAAGGGACCUAUACAUAUCCCAUAACCUUGCGCAUUCCCGGACACGCGCCUCCGACUCUCGAUUGCACAUAUGGGAGCGUAACCUGGAGGAUUAAAGGUGUCGUAAAGAGACAUGGCGCAUUCUCUUCGAAUUUGACGAUGGUUUCGCCUCUGCUGGUCAUCUCCUGCCCGGCACCUCUUCUCUAUUCGCCGUCGGCACCGACGGAUCCCUUUUAUGGAGCCAGCGAAGAGAAUAUUGUUGUCGAACGACAUUGGGAAGAUCAACUGCAUUAUUCUAUCAAUGUCUCUGGCCGAAGUUUCCACACCGGCCCCGGAUCGACAAUCGGCGUCGCUUUUACAUUCGUCCCCCUGUGUAGAGGAGUUAGAGUGUGGAGAGUUGGCGUCUCGAUUGAAGAAAAAACCGAAUAUCUGACCCAAUUCCGACGCGUUGCUCGGACCGACCCGGUGAACACUAUCCCACUCCUUUCCCUGCGUGAUCCCAACACCAAUGCAAAAGAACAGAAGUGGCUCCUGCCGCUUCCUGAAGGGAUAACUAUGGAAGAGAGUCCCCUAAAAGAGGUUCUAGGAGGCGAACCCGAUACCUCUACUUCGAUUUCUCGCGGUGGUGUCACCACCCCCUCCCCGGAGAAUGACAAUGAAGGUCGCGAUGCUGAAUCUGACGUUCCUGUUGAGACCAAAACUGAGCACGUCAUUCCUUCUGUUGACGUCAAGUCUCAACCUCCCCAGACCAGAGCCAUUCGCCAUCAACAAUCCACUCUUCUCUUACGCCAGAGAGAAGAAACAUUACAGUCCUUCCAAGCUCCUCAUGGUCCUUGGUCAUUCCAUACCGAUUUACCUUUGCCAGCCAGCUGUGGAGUUAUCCGAGCCAGUAACCGGAAUAGAAGAAGUAAUAUGAAUAUCACUCACACCUUGAAGUGCGUCGUCAGAGUUGAAAGGGGGGACGACUCGGAGGAUGACUUGGGAGAGCGGAAGGAUGCGAAGAAACGCAAACUUUUCGACAUCGUUAUACAAACUCCCGUACAAAUCCUGAGUUGCCGUUGCAGCCCCGAAUACAUUUCCCUUCCGCACUAUGAAAAGGAUGUGGAAGGAGAGAAUAUUGAUCCAGGUCAGAGUAUGUUGUGUCCAUGCCAGCGAUAUUCAAAUUCCGUACGAGAGUUGGACCGACCUCCUUCGAGAACAGGAAGUACAUGGUCAGGUAAAAAGAGGGAAUCCAUCGGAUCCGGCGGUGACAAGGGCGGGUAUAACCACAAACGGAGUUCGAUCUCGUCCAUUGCGAGCAUUGGUAGUGGUCUCCUCCAUUUACCACCCCCUUCACCGCUACCGCUGUCCCCUCAUGUUCCAGGGAACAGUUAUCCUGCCAGUAGGAGGAGUUCACUCGCGUUUUCUGUGACGUCUGGUGCAUCAACUACAGCUUUCUCCACGCAAAAUUUCAGUCCCGCUAGUAUCCCGGCAGAUACAUUAGCGGCCAGAAACAAGCAGAUUGAGAGGUUGAUUAGUGGUGCCGAGUGGGAGGACGGAAGGGUUGUCCCCACGUAUGAAGAUGUGAGGGGACGUUCUUAAUUUUUUGUUGUUUUUUUCUUCUUUAUUUCUUUCCUUUUUUAUUUUUAUCCCGUCCAAAUCCGCUCAUUUCGUUUUUAAAAUAAUCAUUCGGACUUUGGGUUGCAUCUCUCUCUCCAUAGGAAAACACCUCUCAUUGUUGUAUUCUAAUCACACAUUCCUUUCUCGACUGUAUUUCGUCAGCUUCUCCAAUUGCAAUGCUUUUUAG